AUGAUUGCAUCAUUGGGUUCCUUCAACUCUGGUUUCAAUACCUCUGCAUUGAACAUUCCCGGUAACUCUGUGAGAUACUGUCCCAAUGUCGAACCUGGUGUAGUGACCUACUAUCCCAACUCUCCCCUUCCUGAAUGUAUUCCCAUGGGUGAUUGGAUUUGGGGUGUUACCAAUGGUAUGUUUGCUGUCGGUGGUCUCGUUGGCGCCAUGUCCAACGGUUACAUGGCCAACAAAUUCGGUCGUCGUGAUUCCAUGAUCAUCAUGAACAUCAACUUCUUUAUCGGUGCCAUUUUGCUUUCUCUUGCAACUACUUCUGCUCAAUUCGCUAUCGGCCGUAUUUUCGUUGGUAUUGGUUCUGGUUUCAUGACAUGUGUCAUUGGUAUCUACGUCUCUGAAAUUGCUCCUCCCAAGUACCGUGGUGCUCUUACUUCUCUUCUCCAGCUGUUCACCACUCUCGGUAUUCUGAUUAUUGAAUGUAUCUCUCUUGGUUUGAGCUCUGCUAUCGGAUGGCGUAUUGUUGUUGUUAUCACCAUUGUCCCUACCAUUGGUCAAAUGCUUAUUCUUCCCUUCUGUGCCAGAUCUCCUCGUUGGUUAGUUGGUCAAAACAGAAUUGAUGAAGCUCGUGUUGAAUUCAUCAAACUUCGUAACGGUGAUGUUGAAGCUGAAUUCACUGAUAUGCUUCUCGGUCUUACCAAGGGUGCUGAAGAGAACAAACCCGCUCCUGAAGCUGAUAAGGACUCUGCCAACGGCUUCGAUAACACUCCCAUCAAGGCUGAAGGUGAUAACGCCGUUUUCGAAUCUGAAGCUCAACUCAAUAUCCUCCAAAUCAUGUCUAUUGGCGUCUUGGCUAGAUUAUGUAUGAAGAUUUUCGUCGUCCAUGCUCUCUCUCAAUUGACUGGUAUCAAUGCUAUCAUGUACUAUUCCACCAACAUUUUUGAACUUUCUUUCGGUGACAAUGCCAAGUAUGUUACUGUAGGUGUUGCUGCUUUGAACGUCGUUAUCACUUGUGUUGGUCUUGGUCUCAUUGAUCGUCUUGGCCGUAAGACUCUCUUGUUGAUCUCUACUGCCGGUAUGUGUAUCUGGUGUGUUGUCAUGACCAUCUCUAUGAGAUUCAACGUCAGUGCCCUUCAAGUUGUCUGUGUUAUGCUUUACGUUGCCUUUUUUGCUGUUGGUUUUGGUAUGGUUCCCUUCGUUAUCACUGGUGAAUCUUUCCCUACCUAUGCUGUUGGUGCUGCCUCAUCUGCUUGUUUGGCUAUCAACUGGCUCUGUAACUUUGUCAUCGGUCUUAUUUUCCCUACCUUAUUGGCUGCUUGCGGUCCAUACGUCUUCUUGAUCUUUGCUGGUCUCGCUUUGAUUGCAUUUAUCUUUGUCUUUGUCUUUAUUCCUGAAACCAAGCAAAAGUCUCUCGAUGAAAUUGGUCGUCAACUCAAGUGGUACGGUAUCAACGUUGCCGAAGAGCUCGAAAAGAAGGGCAAGAAGGCACCCAAGGGUAUUCAAGCUCCUGGUGUCGACGCUUAG